AUGGCUACGUCGCCUUUGACUCUACCAAGUAUGUUGAAUGCGACGAAUAGGACUUCAUCAUUGACUACAUCCGUGAGCGGACCAUCAUCGAUAACCACAACAGCGACCAAGGCACCUCUCUCUUCAAGCCUGCCUUCUAUUUUAUCGUCAUCGAACCUGGCUUCCGUUUUCGUUGACGGUGAAAAUAGCCAUGAUAGCUUAGAGAUCCUAGUCUGGCAAGACGAAACAGGAUCUCUUUCUUACGUGAAUGGGGAGUCCAAUCUUCAAGGCCAGAAACGCAUUCAAGAUUCACUUAAAGAUGCACCGAAAGCGAAGAAAGGAACUUCUUUGGCCGCUGUGGCAGACGAUACCAGCACUGCGCAUUUGUUCUAUCUUGAAGAGAAUAAUACUAUUUCUCAUAUCUUCAUGCAGCCCAAAGGCAGCUGGACUCGUGGAGGCCUGUCCGCCGGUAGCAAAAAGGGCCCCGCGGCGCAUGAGAAGUCGAUGCUCUCAGCGGCGUUCCACCGAGGUGAACACGACACAAACGUUGUGGUAUUGUCGUAUCAGGAUCCGGGAAGCAAGUUGCAGCUUGCAAUAUCAGAAGACCCCAAAAACGACAAUAAUUGGUAUUCGGUGGACUUUGACUCUUUUACGGGGCGUCACGAUGUUGGAGACUGGGGAGGCGUUGGCCAUGCCAUUGCGGCGAUUGGCAAAAUAAGAGGCACGAUUCCGACGGCUCGUUUAGUGGAUUAUUGA